GGAAAUGGGCAGAGCAGCAUCGGAAGUCACUUCUACGCAUGUCUGGAAGUGCGUAGAAGCGACUUCCGGUGCCGGCGUGGCACCAGAAGAAUAUGGCCACUGGCAGGAGCUCCAUAAUCCGGGGGAAUACACGGUAUUUUGCCAUUCGGGACACUUGCGGAAAAUGGUAAGGAAAUACGGGGGUUUUCCGGGGAAAACAGGUACAGUACUUGGCAGCUAUGGUAUUGUGUGCUGUGCCACCUAUCUGACCUGCACUCAUACAUAAAAUCUCAGUGUAAAACGGGAGCUUAAACUUUCAAACUAUGAAGGAGAAAAUUUUAUGUUUUUAAGACACCAAAGUGAUUUUUAGUUUUCUCCUGUCCCUGAAAGACAUGGUAUUGCCAAACCAGGUUAUGAAAAAGAGAACUCGUUUAUGUCUUUCUGAAAUAUAUUGUCUCAUUCAUAUGACCACUUGAAGCAGAGAUCUAGCAGGAGUUGGGGGAAAAAUAUGAGGCCAUAUAAGCAAGGAAUAUAGGGUUGUGUUUGAGCUGCUGAUCUGAGAUUCCUUUCCUUCUUCUAGGCAACUUAAUGGCAUAUGAUGUCUGCAUGCAUACAUAUAUAUGUUUUUUGUUUGGGACAAACUAUUCACAUAACACUUCUUGGAAUGAACUGCUUUUAUGAGCUUGCCUCAGUAGUGCUGUAUGAAAAAAUAAUGUGGAUAACUUAUUUCUAUGUCACUUUUUUGUAUUUAGGUGCUCAGGGGUUCACUGCAAAACGUAAUUAUGAAAGCUAAAAUAUUUUUAUGGGCAGUGAAAAAAAACCAAAAAAGCCACCCUGUAAUGAUAAACACGGUUUUAAACUAGAAUAGGUACACACACCUUCUUUCAAAAUAUGGUGGUACAGUGGGAGGAAUUGGAGCCUGUUAUUCUGGCCAACCUUUGUGCACCGUUAUUAAAAAAUUCCUGCAGGCUCCCAAGAUUAAACUUACGAUGAGAAAAAACAUGUGGCAUAAACCUGUGUUUCAGAAGAAAAAAAGCACACUUUUAUUUCUCAUUCCUCCCCUUCCCCCAGCACUAAUAAUACUUGGUAAUACUGUAUUUCAAUUUCUUUAGAGAAUGUCUGGGUGUAUCCAGCUUUCAUGUGCUGUUUGUAGAAUUGGCAUUUACACGUGUUUUCGAGCACUUUGCUGCAAAGGGCCUCCACCACCACGACCAGAGUAUGACUUGGUUUGCAUAGGUCUCACUGGCUCUGGCAAGACUAGUCUACUGUCUCAGCUCUGCAGUGAAAAUAGAGAUAAUAUAGUAUCGACAACAGGUUUUAGCAUAAAAGCAGUGCCAUUCCAGAAUGCCAUCUUGAAUGUAAAAGAGCUUGGAGGAGCUGACAAUAUUAGGAAGUACUGGAGUCGUUACUACCAAGGAUCCCAAGGAGUAAUAUUUGUAUUAGACAGUGCCUCUUCAGAAGAUGAUUUAGAAAUUGCUAGAAAUGAACUGCACUCUGCGCUUCAGCAUCCACAGUUAUGCACUUUGCCGUUUUUAAUAUUGGCUAAUCAUCAGGACAAGCCAGCAGCUCGUUCAGUACAAGAGGGCUGGAAAAGACACUUGUCUGAAUCCCUGGAGAGAUACUGCCAGUUCGAUGGACUAAUGGUCUAACUCAAUGUAAGGCACUUUCUUAGAUCUCAGAUUAGCUUUUUAAAAGAGUUGACUCACUGUAGACUUAAUCCUUUCACAGAAGAAGAAAGACAGAAAGCUAACUCAAACAAGAAUUACACUUCUAGUUAAAGAGACAAAUGAAGCCUAGAUGUUCAUUAGUUUCUAGCAGUCGGAAAAUCAAUUUUCUGUGCUUAACGCAAAACGAUGCUCAGUAAAUUAUGCAUUUAUUGAAACGGAUGGAUUUAGUGCUGUCUUGUCAAAAUGUGUGGUCUUUCUUUUUGACAUUCCUGAUGGGUGGUGGUGGUGAGGCUAGGAAAGUGCAACUGUUGAUGGGGAUAUGUGAAUUCAGAAGCCCAUACCUUUGCAUGCACCUGGAUGGGAUCCUUUGGCAUGCAAUGCUGAUUUCAUUAUUUAGGAAGAUUCCUAUUGAUGAAGCAGUCCUUAAAGUAUCCAGGUCCUAGGCUGUUUAGGAAUUUAAAGGUCAACAUUAUGUCCACUCUUUACUAUAUAUGCAUUGGGUGGCCUAUUUCUCAGAUAUGGUUACCUAUCUUUAAUAUGGUGAUAAUAGUGACAGUGGUACCUUGAAGGGCAAUCUUGAAGACCACAGAGCAUUUUUCAACCUGAAAUGCUGUAUGAAUGCUGAUUAGUAGUUCCAAAACCCUUUUGCCUAAAACUGUGCAAGAGCCAAGAAGAUUCUGCAACAGCUGUUAGUGAUAUUGACUUGUGGGAGGUAUACUGUACGUUUUCCAAAUUUGAAGCUUUUUAAGCAAAUGUUGUUCUUUAUAUAUGGCAUUUUUAAAAAUAGCAUUGUACAAAUUAUUUAUCCAACCCAUUAAGAAGAAAAACACAUGUAACUUAAUUCGCAAACCAAGGAAUCAGAUCCAGAAUUUUAUGGUAACAUUACUUGCUUAUGUGAAAAGUAAUGUGCAUGUAUCCAUACCCUUAAAGCAUGCUAAAAGACUUGAGAAUUUUUAUAUCUUCUCUAUUCUAUGGCUUCCCUUAUUUUGGGGGGUAAAGUUUAUUAUUAUUAUUUCAUUUUAUAAUAUAUAUAAAACAUAUAAAACAUAUAAAAAUUAUAACUACAGACAUAAAUUAAAACAUGAGAAACAAAGCUAUAAAAUAGGUAUGUAGAACAAGUAGUUGCAUAUGAGUUAGAAUAACAAAGUCUAUGUAAAGACUGUCAACUUUAUCGAAUCAUUAAGUGUAGUUCCAAUUUUGCCAAGCUUGUGAAAAGAGUUGUCUUGAAAAUUAUGGUCAGCUCUAUAUGUCAUAAAGGAAUGCAAAAACAUUUUUAAAAAGUCUCUGGAGCUUCUAGUCAAAAUUUCAAAUUAGGUGUUAUUUUUUAAAUUAUAGGUAUAUUCCAGAGUGGGUGCUACCAAGUGCCCAGUGUAAGAUUGUGGCUUUUUUCCAUUGGUUUGCAUGCUGCCAAGAUGAUAUAGAAUUCCAGUUCUUUUGACAGUAUAUUUACAUUGAUGGCUUCCUGUUUUAACAUUGAACAUUAUGCUUUCUUAUUUGAUCAUCUUAACAAAUUAAGUUAAUGUUUAGAAAUGUUUUGCUUCUUCUAAACAUAAGAUUUAUACAGUAGGCAAAUCACAGAGAAAAACUUCUUUAGGGAUCAUAUUUAAUAUUCAGUAAGCCAAUUUAGACACUGAGGAAGUGGGGUUUUUAAGAAGCAUGACUUGCUCACUGUUUGUUACCUGUAGUUGUAAUGUAACACCCUAAGCUGGAAUGAUCUGAAUGUUCAAAAUCUCUGGAACAUGAUGAACUUCCUGCAUUGAGAAGUCCCUCCUUCAGAGGUUAAUAUUAGAAACAGGACUUCAGAGAUAUGCUUCAGAAUGUGCUCUGUCCCUUGGGCCUACAAGUAAACUUUGCAAAAUCUGAGGCUAUGUGCUUCAACACUCCCUGUCCAAAAAGAAUUCACCAACAUGACAAAGAUAAAACUAUGCCGUACCCAGUAGAUACCUAGGGUACAAAUAACCAGAAACCUCACCAAACUAUACCACCACAGUUAUAAACCCUAUGGUGACAAAUUCACAAAUACCUGAAGAAAUGGAGUAAUACUAACUUCACUCUCUCAGCUAAAAUAGCCAUGAUCAAAAUGAUCAACCUUCCAAAAUUAACCUACUUAUUCCAAACCCUUCCAAUCUGGAUUCCACCAGCCCAACGCUGCAAAUGGCAGAAAAAACUACACUUGUUUAUCUUCUCACACAAAAAGCCAAGAAUAAGCCCCAAACACCUGCACCUCCCCAACUCAGAAGGAGGAUGGGGAACCCCCAACAUAGAACUAUACUACAUCGCCAACCAAGUGUGCCACAUAAUCCCAUACAUUCUAGAAGAUGAGACAAAACAAUGGGUACACUUCGAGAGAGACAUAAUCAAAAACACUCCCACAAUAGCAUACCCUUUCCUCCAAAACAUCCAGAACUGGCCCUACUGAACAUCUUCCAAGAUAACAAUGCCCACUCACACUAUAAAGGUAUCAUAACCCACCUGCUCUCAGCAGCCAGAAACAUCAUAGCCAGACACUGGAGGGACCUGUCAGGAAUAAACAUGGAACACUGGUAUCAAGUACUAGUUACAGGUAGGUACAUAGUCAGAACAAAAUUAAAAAAAAUCCUUCCAGUAGCACAUUAGAGACCAAUUAAGUUUGUCUUAGGUAUGAGCUUUCGUGUGCAUGCACACUUCUUCAGAUACACUGAAACAGAAGUCACCACCAGACCCUUAUGUAUUAUGGGACCCUUAUGUAUUAUGGGAAACAGCCUUACUAGAAAAGCUAACCAAUAGACUGAAAGUGACAUGGGGAGAAAUAGAAGAGGACGCCUUCACUCCAGUAUGGCUCCCCUUUAUCACAUACACAGCCCAACAAGACAAAGCCACCAACAGCAUACAAUUCAAUAUGGCUAACUUGACCCAACAACCCCCUAACCCUAACCCUAACCCCCCAUGCACAAACAAAUCCCACUGCAGCCAACCAAAGACAAUCAGCCACACCCUAGGCCACCCCAACCUCUCUCACCAACAAAGAAACAUAAGUAGUAAAUAGAAAGAGAACCUACUCAAGUGACACUGACACAAAAACCCCAUGCAUACACUAAGUAAAAGAACAUAAGCUUUACCACUCCACCCCUCUCUCCCGUCCCCACUCUUUUCUUCCCAACCCUGUACUGCAUAUAACACCAAUGUCUCACAGCAAAUGCAAAUGAUCUGUAGAAAACACAACCCGAAGAAAGAGACAAUGCAUGUGCUUUAGUAAGCGAGGAAAAGCUUUAAUAAAAAAUUAUUUAAAAAAGAAUAAAGAAUGUGCUCUGUCCCCAUUUGUCCCAGUGUGGGUUUUCAUAUGUGGAUGUCUCUUCUGUGUUGUUAGAACCCUAAUGGGAGCAGCCUAAAGCCGUUUUAAUAAUCAAGAAAGCCUUUAUUUACACAAAACCCUGCUGUUCAUCAGUGUAUGUUGUAUCUUCUCUUCAGUACAUUAAGUUCCGGCUCUCAAUCCUGAUACAUUAUUGAACAAGCUGUUUUUUAAAUAGAUUGAGAAACCCCAGUGUUUCUUAAGGGUGACUGAGAAGCAGCAGCCUCUUGGGUCAGAUCAGUUUGGCUUUGGUUUAUUAAUUUGGAAAAAAAGAGAGAAAAUCUUUCCAGUCUUAGCAGCAAGCCUUACCUAUUUUCUUGGCAUCCAAAUAGAUCAGUUGAUGGGGCUGUAUGAUGAGCAAAGUGUAGGCUCUUUCCCAGUUAAUUAAGCAUUCCAUUUUCUUCUAAUUACUAUAAUGCUGCCUUUGUUUUGAAUGGCGUCCAGGAACCUUUGUCUGAAUGGUUCUAUAAUGCUGUCUAGGAAGCUCUUAUAGAUACCCAUUGAAAAUGUACUCCAUUGAAAACCCAUCUGGGCCUUGUGCUCCCCCCCCCUUUAAUUGCCUGUUCAAACUUUUUUCCCUUGUUGGCUCACAGUUUUGUGUGUGUGGCAAGCUUGUCCAUUCUGUGGAGUUUGAUUUUUAUCUAGAUGUUCUUUCAUGGGUUUUGUGAUUGUUUUUUUUUUACCUACAGGAGCUUGUUGGUUGUUGGACUUGAUGAUAUGAUUUGCUAGAGUUUCACACACACAUUUGUUAACUAUUUGCCUUCUUUGUUACCCAUGCAUUUACCUUUUGUACAUAUUUGAGGAUUUUCAUGUGAUAAUGCAAACUAAGUCUGUUUUAAUCAACCUGUUAGUUGCAUUUUGGUGUAAAAAAUGUGAAGCACCAUGCCUUUCCUCCAUCCCAGACAGCUAUGUAGUGAAGAGUACAGUCAUACCUCGGGUUAAGUAUGCUUCAGGUUGCGUACUUUCAGGUUAAGUACUCCAUGGACCUGGAAGUGUUUACUUCUGGGUUCUGCCGCGCACGUAUGCGCAGAAGUGAUCAGUGCGCUUUAUGCAUGCGUAGAAGCAAUCUGCGCGCUUAGCGCAUGUGCAGAAGUGCUCUAUCGGUGCUUCACACACGCGUGCUAUCGCCGCUCGGGUUAAGUACUUUUCGGGGUGCGAAUGGCAGCCCGGAACCAAUUAAGUACUUAACCUGAGGUACCACUGUAAAUGUUAAUUUUUGUUAUCUAUAAUACUGUCUUAUUUAUUUUAUAGUACAGUGGUACAUCGCUAGACGAAUGCCUCACAAGAUGAAAAACUCGCAAAACGAAAGUGUUUUGCGAUUUCAAUGGAGACUUGCAAGACGAAGUUUCCUAUGGCGCGCUUUGCAAGACAAAUUCUUUUCGCCCCAUAGGGUGCCUUGCAAGACAAAUUUUUUCCCCGUCUUGCGAGGCACCCUAUGGGAAACCGCCCUUCAAUGCGUUCCUAUGGGAGCCGCUUCGCAAAACAAAUUUUUUGUUAUACGAAGCUACUCAUGGGACGAAUUAAAUUAGUCUUGCGAGGCACCACUGUACAGUACAUUGAUUAUUGCCUUCAUUUUAUGGAUCAAUGGUCUUGUUAGACAGUAAAAUUCGUGUUAAAUUGCUGUUUUAGGGGGUGUUUUUCAUCGUCUGGAACAGAUUAAUCCACUUUCCAUUACUUUCAAUGGGAAAGUUCGCUUCAGGUUAAGUACGCUUCAGGUUAGGUACGGACUUCCGGAACCAAUUAAGUACUUAACCUGAGGUACCACUGUAUCAGAAUAGGAAGUCAGUUACAACCCUGGUAUGAUCAUCCUAACUCAACAGGAGUCUUAAGCCCAGUGGCAAGACUUUGAGUUCCCUAGGUCAGGGGUAGCAACUCGGGCCCAUGGGCUGGAUGCGGCCCAAUUGCCUUCUCAAUCCGGCCCACGGACAGUCUGGGAAUCAGCAUGUUUUUACAUGAGUAGAAUGUGUCCUUUUAUUUAAAAUGCAUCUCUGGGUUAUUUGUGGGGCCUGCCUGGUGUUUUUACAUGAGUGGAAUGUGUGCUUUUAUUUAAAAUGCAUCUCUGGGUUAUUUGUGGGGCACCCCCCCAAAAAAAAUAUAGUCCGGCCCACCACAUGGACUGAGGGAUGGUGGACCGGCCCACGGCUGAAAAAGGUUGCUGACCCCUGCCCUAGGCCAAGAUAAACUGCUUAGCAAUUCCCUUCAUUCAUAUUCCUUAUCCAGCCCUGACUACACCCAAAUGCUACACCCUUGAUGUCUUGCUGGAUCAGCUUACUAUGCCAUGUGAGGCUCCUGGAAAUCAGCAACCUUCUGUUUUAAACAAGUUGUUGGACUACUAUUACAGACAAUUGAAUAUAAUAUGAAUUUUGGGCAGGGUGCCUCUGAAACGGUUGGUUUUAAGAGGUUAUCUGUACUUACACAGUACAAUAUUUAAUGAAGCUUUCACUUCAAGAAAAAAAUAACAGUUCUAACACAAAGUAGCUGCCAGACUUUGUCUGUCAUAUGCUGCAGUUAUUUUUCAGGAGUGGAUGAGUUCAAGGUUCUAAACCAGGGUUGGGAAACCUGUGGCCCUCCAGAAGUUAUUGGACUACAUGUAAUUGCCAUCUUCCCUCACCAUUGUUUAUGCUGCCUUGUGCAGAUCUGGAAGGCUCUAAACCACUGGUAGCUGGUGUGGUUCAGAGCCAGAGUAGCUUAUAGAGGCAAUAAGACUUCCUUUUUAAAAAAAGAAUCCUGUCCAAAUGAAUGAACCAUAAAACCCACAAACUUUGGCAAGAUAAAUAUGGAAACAGACAGUAAGGGAUGCCGAAAAAGGAUUUGAUGAACACAUUGCUAAAAACAUUAAAGAAGUUAUUUAAAUUUAUCAAUAGCAUGAAGCCAUCUAGGGAGGUGGUUGGGACCCUUGGAAGAUUUAGGGCAGAUCCCAGUGCCUGAACUAACCUUUGUAGAAGGGAAGUCUUAGGAACUGUGGCAGAUAGUGGUGACAAUAGAUGAAGUUCUAUGCUUAUUAGACAAAAUAAAAACUUACAAUUUGACGGAUCCAGGUGGCACCCACCCAAAAAUUACAAGAAGUCAGGCAGCAGACUGUUAGAUUGGCUCAAAGAAAAGGCAGUGACCUGGAAAGCCAGGACCUGUGGAAAUGGUGAUGAAGACAUGGAACUGGAUAGUGAGGGGCCAAGCGGAAAGUGGGUCUGUAUUUUUUCAAACAUGGGGCCUAAGGACAUAAUGGGAUGUGUGAAUAAGGCUUCUUCUGGGCUAGUUUCAUAAGACUUUUGGAAUCUUCUCUUAGUUUACUAGUUAGUAGUUCAGUACUUAAAAUGCCUUCCUGGUAUGCUGCAAUAACCAAUUGGUUCAAAACAAUUUUGGUACGGUAUUUAAAUGUCAUUAUACCCAAACAGUUAAAUAUACCUUAGCAAGCUAAUUUUAUAUCCUUUAUAAAGCAAACAUAAAAACUAUUAAAAGUUAGCAAAAACGAUCAAUUUAAAGGGAAAACAGCAGUAAUUAAAAUGCAUUAUUUAUCAAGAAGGCUGUAUCUUUUCCAGGGGUUUCCAUUUUUUAUUUCCAAUAAAACAUUACACUAUUGCCAAAAAUUAAUUGAAGGUUAAAUAUUUCAACAAUGGAUGAGGGGAGAUAAUGAAUUUUAAAAAAUCAUUUAUAAAAGUCAAAAGGUGAAAGGUGUUAGGUUAUCCCCAGUGCUAUUUUUUUUUUAGAUGGAGAGGUGCCAGAACUCACCAUAAAUGCCUUCUCUUUUAAUGGCAAUGGCACCCACUUGAGACAUGCUGGAACUGAGUUUCAAUGAGUUCCAGCUCAUUGAAAAGUCCUGGUUAUCCCCAAUAUUUGUUUGUUACAAGACAGAUCAGUUAACAAAUACCAUUAGUAAAGAAAGAAAAUGUUUAAAGCAUGGAUCAGUAUAGAAAAUGAUAGUCAAGUUGGAAUCCUUGUAGCAGCAACUUGUUGUCUUAAUAAAAAUCUUAAGGACCUACAAAGUCCAUUCUUAAGAACUAUUACAAUAUUCAAACCCAGAUGGAAGCAACCAAUUCCUUCACUUUCUUGCUUUUUAUCAUCCACUUUUCUAUAAUUAGAAUAGUUUUAUUUAAGGGUGACAAAAGGAAUUAUAUUGGAUUAGGGAUUUUUACAAUAAUGCCUGAAACCUGAAGAAUUUUAAUGAAAAAGAGCAUACAUUUAGGUAGGUAAGUCCCUUUAUUUAGUAAAGGAUAUUAUUAAAUGGUAAGUAAAUACCGGUGCUUCAAGAAAAUAUGAAGGUGCAUAUUUCCACUUACUGUGAGAGACUUCUUUAGUGUCAGCCUUUUGGGAGAUGGUGCUCCUAGAAAAUGACUCAAUAACUAAACAAGAAUAGUAUUUGCAUUACUGGGGAUACUGGAUGAGCCAAAUGAGGUUGAUCUGGUUAAAUAAUUGAUUUUAUCUUCCUUCCUACACUACCUACAUACCAGCAUGUUUAUUAUCAGAAAAUGGAAAGAUUUAGAGGGGUUAAAUAUGAAUUUAUUAUACAGUCAAAUCUGGUCCCUAGCAAUUGCUAAAAGAUUAACUUAAAAAUUAAGAUAUGCUAUAGGGCAAACAAACAAAAGAUACAUUUUCAACUACACAGCAAAAAUUUGUUUUAUAUAUAAAUUAUGAUUACAGUGUUUGGAUGCCUCCUGUGGCGUAUACUACUACAGUGGUACCUCGGUUUACAGAUGCAAUUGGUUCCGGGGAGCCAGCUGCUCCCCGAGCAGUCUGUAAAUGGAGCGCCUCUUCUGUAUUUGCGCGAAGCACCGAUAGAGCGCUUCUGCACAUGUGCACGCUGCGCAGAUCGCUUCUAUACAUGUGCACGUUGCGAAACCCGGAUGUAAGCACUUCCGGGUCCGCGGCGUUCGCAAACCGAUCAGUCGCAAACCGCAGCAGUCGUAAACCGAGGUACCACUGUAUUUGGAAUUCUUAGCAACUUUUCAGCUUCAAGUGAAAAAUAUCAUAAGACCUCAAGGACAACAACUUGAUAUUUAUAAACAGAGCAAAUCUUUAGAAAGGAGGAAAAAAUGACAUGCUAUCACCUGUUCAGCACUGCAUUCUGUGAUCCACUGAUACCUGAAUGCAGCUGUGACAGUUCUUCUUGCUGGCAUUUCCUCACCCUUCUUCCUGUUCAGAGGGCAUUUUAAAAAACCAACCAGCUUUUUCUGUUAAGCAGGUCUAGCUUUUGCUGAAACAAGUUGUUUUGCAUGCCUAUAUUUUGGCUACAGCCAUUCUAUCCUAAGGUCCCCCGUGACUUCGGAUUCAUCAGGGUGCACACGAAUUCAAGAGGUAUUGAUGUGAUCAUGCAAAUUCAGCAUUUAUGAAGUAAAGAAAUAAAAUUCAAAAAGCUGUUACUGCAGUCCCAGAAGGAUCAAGUGCAUAUGUAUGGGAAAUAUGUGGAAAUUAGUUACGGAACAUUGAGGUUCAGCAAUGAAAUGAAAUAUUGCAAGAGUUCUGGCCAGGACCUGUCCUAAGGCUGUCAUCCUGGCAACUUUACAAAUAUAGUGCAUUCCACUUAAACUGGAAGUGUAUGUGAUAUACUGCUGCUGCUUAUCUGGGUACAUUGACCAUAACCUAACUGACCAUUUGUAAUGAAUAACAUUGUGUCAUUCUCCCAGCAUGGUCAGCUAGGUUAUAUAGUGUGUUCUAACAUAAUAAGAGCUUACUAUAUUAUGUUUAAAUCUAAUGUAAAAAAGAUACUGGUGUUGCAUUUACUGCUAGCUUUUAACUUGUAGAAAGAGUAUGUUAUAAUUUGUAAAUGUUACUGCCAAGUGGGAUGUAUUGAAUUUUUGAAUUAAAGAUAAUGCUAAGGGCAAUGUCUGUUCCAUUAUUUGUUCUGAAAUGUAGUCUGUCUAGUGUAUAAUGGCACUUUGUUAGAGGAAUAGGAAAUCAUUCUCCCCUCUCAUUUCUACAGCGAACAAUGAUUCAGCAGCAGACAAGCAUACACCCUCAGAGAAAUGUGACAUACCAGCUAUCCAGAAUCUAGAAACAAUCUUUAUACAGCUAGAAGCAGAGUAAUUAAUAUAAUUAAGUUCUUGUAAUGAUUAUUUUGCCAGAACCGUAUUCUAUCAUUGGUCGUCAUUGAAUCUGAGGACAUAACUGUUUUGUUCAAACACGUUACUGGAAGUCUGUUAUGUAAUAUAGCAAUGCAGUUUUAUUCAGGGGAAUAAGAUCUGGAAUACUAUUUUGAACAAAACAAAAUGAUUUUAGCUAGCUAUUGAGCUUUAAUAUUUAAUUAUUUUCUGAAAGGCGUUAGAAAUGUGGUAGAACAUGUUUUUGACUGUAGUCUUAACUAGUAGCCUGGACAAUGGCAGCUCUGGUAUCUGGCUUCAAGCCUUGUACCUGUGACUGUGCUAUAUAUAGACGUCAGGUUUCCAGUUCCCCAUAAACAUCAAGCUUAGAUCCAGACAUUCAAUACUUAAAGAAGACCCAUUUGAAUCAGUAUAGCGCUGUCCUAUACAGUGGUGCCUCGCUUAACGAAUGCCCUGCUUAACGAAAUUUCCGCUUAACGAAAGGAUUUUUCGAGCGGAGGUUGCCUCACUAGAUGAAUUCGUUUUAUGAAAAAUUCAUCUAGCGAAUCGCGGUUUCCCAUAGGAAUGCAUUGAAAUUCAAUUAAUGCGUUCCUAUGGGGGGGGGGAAAUUAAAAAAAAAUUCAAUGCAUUCCUAUGGGAUUCGCUAAAUGAAUUUUUCGUUAUAAGAAAAGACCCGUGGAACGAAUUAAAUUCGUCUAGCGAGGCACCACUGUAUCUACAUUUUGCAAUACUGGAAAAAACUCCAAACUAGCUUUGCAACGCUGCAUUGCAUGAAGACUGGAAUACAUUGGAUGUUCCCAAGAGCAAGCAUUGGAAGUGGGGGAUUUACGGUGACCUUCUUGAUGUUCAAUCAUCAGCAGUUAUUAACAGAGCAAUUAAAAGAAAUAAAGUGAUAAGCAUUUCAGCAGUUCUAGGUGGCAAGUCAUGUUCUGGUACUCUUAAUUCUCCAGUCAGUGUGAGCAAUGGGAAAUACUGUGGGGAAUACUAAACACUGUGGGGACACUUACUUCCGGGUUUGUGACAUUCAGGAGCUGAUUUGUUCAACAACUAAGCCGUUUGAGAACCAAGGUACCACUGUAU